CAGAUUAGUCUUAUUUUGAGCUUUGACAGAUCUACAUUGCCAUCGGUGCAGCAUGAACUGGAAUAUAAUUGUUCUAAGUGCAGUUAUAGCCAACUUUGCUAUAGCUGGUGUUGAAAGUUCCUGUUCUAUACAAUUACCUACAGCGGAUGUUUCGAUUCGACCAAAAAUACAGAAAAAAAUUGGUACCCACUAUGUUGAUGUAUUGGACGAGUCGGAACGAAUUUAUCUUACAGUUGGUGAAGAAAUUGCAGCAAGUUGUGACACCCGAUUUGCCAGUCCCAGUUUUGUAGAUAGCUACCUAGCGCACAAUUUCUUAUGUGAGGAUAGUGGCUUCUUGGCGCCGACUAGCGAGAAUUAUCGCAAUUAUUAUGGCGAUCAAUAUCAUAAUGAUUUCCUACUUUCAUGCGAGGCCGUUAAAUGGAAUCUAUAUGAAUCAUCAUUUAACUAUUCGUGGUGUGAAAAUUCUUUGGUGUCAUAUAUUUUAGCUCGACCCACACCAGACGGCAACAAUGAAUACUUGGCAGAAAUCUGCUACAAUUUGAGAAAACGUCAAAUUGUAUCGAUGAUUUAUUUGGCUACAGCAAAUAAAACAAAUCAUCCGUCUUUUCAACGUUUUAUACAUUCCAUGGUUGAAAUCAAGAAUAUUGCCGGAAAUUUCCCCUUGCAUGGCACUGUCUCAAGCAGUGAUAAUCAACACCAACAUUGGAUUGACUUUGCGAGAUACGAGCCCGAUACAAUCGUACAAAAUCCCAAAUUGGCACAAAACUUCAAGGAUGGUGAAUUUGGUGGACUAUUUAAUGUGGCCUGGUGGCCUGGGCUACGUUUGGGCAAUUGGUUAUUUUACGAGCAGGCAUUUGGUCAACAUCUUGAGGCGGCAAACACCGACUAUAUUGUAUUUGCUGGUGUUUCGGAUUCAGUUUCGGUACCAAUUUACGAGAGCGACUGCCACAAGAAUCGUUCUUUGGCUGAGGUAGUCAUCACAAAUCAGAGGCAGAUACCACUCUACGUCUGGCAAUAUCUCAAACCGAAAGGUGCAGAUAAAGGAUCGGUUGUUAUCAUCGGUGUUAAUUCACCAUUUGCUGAGUUCUACAAGGAAAACGAUCUGAUAUUUUGCACGGAUAUAUGCCAUACUAUUGAGUGGUUGAAAAACGUCCGCUACACGUUCGGUUAUAAAAAUUUGGGUGUAGUUUUCUGUUGUCAACCUGAAGAUGUUGCCUACUCAAAUCGCUUGGAGAGCUUUGUAUUACCAGCGGAAAUUGAACAUCUACGAGAAACAAAAAGAAUAGAAAUCGAACAGAAGGAUUAUGUAAAAGACGUGAUGCUGACCAGCACAGAACGGGAGAAUGACAAUACCAAUGACUACAACGAGGAGCAGAACAAUUAUGAAGAGGACCUCUACUAAUAGUUGCCAUUAAACAACUCACAGUUUUACUAACGAUAACCAUUUUAUUCUUGCAAAUCAAUAAAGUUUUGUAGCUGCAUAAA